UCCAUGUAACGAGAGCUUGUAAUCAUGUAUGAAGUAUGGAAAUCGUAUACCUGGAAAGGCCAUCUGGACAGGCACUGCUAGAGCCAACAUUGCCGCGACAUAUGCUCGGCCGAAUGGCACGACUGAAGGGGACUGGGCUCGACGACAUCAGCACCAAACGGUUCUGCAGCAGCAUUGCGAAUUCUUCGACACGGACCGAGAUGGCGUGAUAUAUCCUGUUGAUACCUUUCGGGGCUUUUAUCGCCUCGGGUUCGGCGUCAUCUUGUCCAUACUCUCCGUCUUUAUCAUCCACUCCAAUUUCUCGUACCCGACGCAAUCUUCGUACAUCCCGGACCCCAUGUUCCGCUUGUAUCUCGACAACAUCCACAAAGACAAGCACGGGAGCGACAGCGGAACAUACGACACCGAAGGCCGAUUCGUGCCCCAGAAGUUCGAGGACAUGUUCGCCAAGUAUGCGGAAGGCCGGGAUUACAUGACAAUCUGGGAUGUGACGCGGCUGUGGAAGGGUCAGCGGUUAAUUGCUGAUCCAAUAGGUUGGGGAGGGGCGUAUUUCGAGUGGCUUGCAACGUACAUACUUCUGUGGCCGGAGGACGGUCGCAUGCUGAAGGAUGACAUCCGUGGUGUGUAUGACGGGAGCAUUUUCUACACCAUAGCCAGUCGCAGAGCGAAGAAGUAGAUCUAUAUAGCGUCAUCAUAUCGACGUUCAGCUUUCGCUCGUCCAGCGUAUACUCCGUAGCGCUGGGAUGGGGUCACAACUGGCGGCUAGGACAUUGCUGGCGG